AUGCCUAAUGGCUCUCUAAAUUCCUGCCUUUUCUAUGAAGAGGAAGGUGUAGAGAGGGUGUUGGAUUGGAAGACCCUGUUUCAGAUCGCACUGGGCACUGCACGAGGACUAGUUUAUCUCCAUGAGGAAUGCAGGGAUCAGAUCAUUCACUACGAUAUUAAGCCUCGAAAUAUUCUUCUAGAUGGUGACUUCAACCCCAGGAUAGCUGAUUUUGGGUUGGCAAAGAUGGUGGGCAGAGAUUUCAGCCAUUUAUUGACGACCACAAGAGGAACUCCAGGAUACUUGGCUCCCGAGUGGAUCUUCGGCCUUCCUAUCACUCCCAAGGUGGACAUAUACAGUUUUGGCAUGACGUUGUUGGAAAUUAUCUCGGGUCGUAGAAAUCUGGAUUUAAGGGUGGAGGAGAGGAGGUGGUACUUUCCCACCUGGGCUUCAUCUCAAAUUCAGAAGGGAAACAUAAUAGACAUUGGGCUUCAUCUCAAAUUCAGAAGGGAAACAUAA